UCACUUGCUCUGCAGGAAACGAUAGGACGCGCUGUAAUGCGAGGACAAUAGUGGGGGGUGGGUAGGCAGAACGGACAUUCAUUGUGCAUUGAGAAAUAAUUGAGCGCCGUCAAAGCCAUUCAUUCAAGACCUUGACGAGCGCAGCUCUGUAAUUCAGCACCACAGUCUAGUGAACAGCGCACAACGAAGGAUAGCGAAUGCCAGUGGAUGGAUUCAAACAGUGGCACAGUAUUUCCACACUUUAUAUUCAAACUAAAGUCAUAUUUCAGAGUAAAACUUAGUUGGAUAAAGCUUUUCUCCACUCUCCGCGUGCGUGAUGCCGGUGUAUGCAAAAAGUGCUCUUUGGGAUGACUCUCUGCUCCCGGCACCGGGGAUCGGGGUCUAGAUAGGCGUUAGGAGUGGUGUGGAGCUGCGGAAGAGCCCCUCCAUUCAGAAGGAUGCUGGUGGGAAAUGCCUGGAGACAGAGAGGACGAGAUUUGUCGAAAGGCUCUAGAACUGCUGUCGGAUCUAUGUUCUAGGGGCGAAGUGCAAAACGACAAUUGUGUGGAUUUCAUAUACUAUUUUCGAGAUCUUGCCAGACCGAGAUACUCAGACUCAGAUGUUUCGGUGAGCCUGCUGUCACUGUUGGUGACCAUCUGUGGCUUGGCUCUUUUCGGAGUCUCACUCUUCUUUUCAUGGAAGCUAUGCUGGGUGCCAUGGUGCGACCGUGGCCUUCCCGAGGGCUUGAAGGAUGGCCAGGGGGACCAGCAGCCAGUCCUGAUGGAGAUGGAUGGGGUGGAGAAUGAAUACAGUGAGGACUGUGUCAAGGAGCCCUCAGGCCUUUUAGCACCAGAGUCAGCCAUGAAGAUCAGCCACACAUCCCCAGACAUCCCUCUGGAGGUCCAGUCCAAGCCCAAGGAGAACCACAUCCGCCACAUUGCCCGCGUGCAGCGCCAGAUCACUGAACCCACCUCCUCUGUCCGGCACAACUCAUUCCGCCGCCAGAUGAACCUGUCCAACCCAGACUUCAACAUGGGCCAGUUCCAGAGACAGGAGUCCCUGGCCACUCUGGGCCGGAUCAAACCUGAGCUCUAUAAGCAGCACUCCGUGGACACGGACGACGGCAGGAGGGCCGACAGCUGCGGCCGGAUACACUUCAUCCUCAAGUUCGACUGUGACCUGGAGCAGCUCAUCAUCAAGAUCCACAAGGCCCAGGAUUUACCGGCCAAGGACUUCACAGGAACCUCUGACCCUUAUAUCAAAAUCUACCUGCUCCCCGACCGCAAGACCAAGCACCAGACCAAGGUUCACCGCAAGACCCUCAACCCCGUAUUCGAUGAGGUCUUCCUGUUCCCUGUGGCCUACACUGAGCUGCCCACACGCAAACUGCACUUCAGUGUCUACGACUUUGACCGCUUCUCCCGCCACGACAUCAUUGGCCAGGUGGUGGUGGAUAACUUCCUGGACCUAGCAGACUUCCCCAGAGAGACUAAACUCUGUAGGGACAUCCAGUACGUCACCUCGGACAAUGUGGACUUGGGCGAUCUCAUGUUCUCCCUGUGUUACCUACCAACGGCUGGAAGGCUGACCAUCACAAUGAUCAAGGCUAGGAACCUCAAAGCCAUGGACAUCACUGGAGCCUCAGAUCCCUAUGUGAAGGUGUCUUUGAUGUGUGAGGGACGGAGAUUGAAGAAGAGGAAAACGUCCACCAAGCGAAACACUCUGAAUCCAGUCUACAACGAAGCCAUAGUAUUUGAUGUCCCUCCUGAGAACAUUGAUCAGAUCAGUCUCCUAAUAGCAGUGAUGGACUACGAUCGUGUAGGUCACAACGAGAUCAUUGGAGUGUGUAGGGUGGGCAACGAGGCAGAGAGCCUGGGUCGAGGCCACUGGAACGAGAUGCUGUCGUACCCCCGCAAGCCCAUCGCCCACUGGCACCCCCUAGUAGAGUGGGUGGGCCAGGGGACUGCAGGUGGAAGUCAGGGCGGUUCCACCAACUCUCUGAAGACUCCUCCCUCACCAUGAUAUUAUUAUUAUUAUUAUUAUGUGGAGAACACAGGGUGGUGAAGAAGAGGAUCAACAGAGGGCCUCAAGCAUCAAAAGAGUAGGAGCGAGCAUUAAGCUGAUGGUAGAUGUUACACUCAGUUUCCCCGACACAGAUUUAGCUUAGUCCUGUACUAAGAAACAUGCUACAUAGAGAAUCUCCAUUUAACAGUGCUUUUGAUCCAGGACCAGGCUUAAACCAUGUCCGAGAAACCAGCCCUAUGUGCUCCCACUGCAGAGUCUGUGCCUCCAUGACAUUCUUGCAUGGGGGACCAUAUUUAGUCAACUGCAUGUCCAGUGACCAUUCAUUAGUACUAUUUGUUUAAAACCCAACAAAGUGUUCCAGUUUCAGUUGGGAGGUAACUAACUGUAUAGUCUUGUUUAUGUCUUGUUUAUCACACAUUGUUACAAUGAAUUGGUAUUUGUUCUUUGGGUACAGUGCAUGGGUUCUUUCUUUUUCCCUGUAAUAUUGUCAUUUCUAAUGCUCUUUGGUUGAUUACAUAUGAAAUGCUAGCAUACUGUAAACACAAAAUGUACCAUGAAACUAAGACCUAGUAUGUAAAUUGUCCAUUCAGAUGUUACUAAAUAAAUAUUUCUAUAGUA